AUGAGGCCCUCCUCGCUAUACAUAUGCCUCAAUUGCAGGUUAUCACUUAGACCUCCCACUCGGAACGUCGCCUUCCCUCGUCGCGUUAUCAGUACAGCGUCGUCUCGACCGCCAACUGCUCCGAAGCCAGUCCCAAAUGUCCGCCACAUCCGCGAAAACGCAGAAUUAUACUCGAAGAACUGCUUAGAUCGCAAUUAUAAGCCAGUCGCAGACUACCCGCCGAGAAUACAGUCUCUAGCCAAAGAAGCCUCGGAUUUGCAGCAUGCCUUGAAGCAUCCUCGAGCUCGAAUAAAGCAGGUUGAAAAAGAGAUAGGCAAGCUUGCUACUCUUGCUGGGCGCCAGCAACUGGAGCCGGAACAAAAAGGAGACCUGGAUGCGCUUCGACAAGAAGCAAAGGAGCUCAAGGAUGCCUCGCAGCAGAUGAUGGACCGGAGAGAAGAGUGUAUGGAGGAAAUACAGCAGUUGGCGUUGUCGUUACCAAAUCUUACGUCGAAGGACACCCCAGUUGGAGACAUUCCUCGCAUCGUCACAUACAUCAAUUUCGAUCCUGAAUCCCCUCUCUCGUAUGCAUCACCGACUUCAUCGACUGCUGCCAUCCCACGGUCCCACGUCUCAAUUGGCACUGAGCUGGGUCUAUUAGAUUUCACCAGCUCAGCAACGUCAACCGGCUGGGGAUGGUACUUCCUCACCAACGAAGGCUGUCUCCUCGAACACGCUCUUGUCCAAUACGCCCUAACCACAGCUCGUAAGAAGGGCUGGAAACCUGUCUCUCCGCCGAGUGUUGUAUACUCUCAUAUUGCCGAAGCUUGCGGCUUCCAGCCCCGAGAUGCGAACAACGAGCAACAAAUUUGGUCUAUUCAGCAGACGGAGAGAGACAAGGCUGCACAUAAACCACAGCGCAGUCUGACAGGAACUGCCGAGAUACCACUUGCUGCGAUGUACGCAGGCCAGGAAAUUCGGGCUGAACAGCUUCCCCUAAAGUUUGUGGGAGCAAGUAGAUGCUAUCGAGCUGAGGCUGGCGCAAGAGGUGUCGAUACCAAGGGGCUAUACCGUGUGCACGAAUUUACUAAGGUCGAGUUAUUUGGCUGGGCAGACAACAUUGAGCAGGACGGUACGGGUGCGAAUACCAAUGGAAUAACGUCGACCUCUCUCUUUGAAGAAAUGCUUUCUAUCCAAACAGAUAUUCUCUCUUCUCUCAAUCUGCCAUGCCGAGUAUUAGAGAUGUCGUCUUCGGACCUCGGCGCGAGUGCAAUUCGAAAAAGAGAUAUCGAAGUCCUAUUCCCGUCCAGAAUACCAAACAAAUCAGACAGUUCAUCUGUGCUGGACCCUGGUUACAGUGGCUGGGGCGAAGUCACUUCGACUUCCAUAUGUACGGACUACCAGAGCAGACGGUUAGGAACAAGGGUGCGUGACGGUUCAGGGGUUUCAAGGUUCCCGCAUACCGUCAACGGAACCGCUAUGGCCGUCCCGAGAGUACUGGCAGCAAUAUUAGAGCACGGAUGGGAUGAAGCCCUAGGUGGCGUCGUUGUCCCUGAGGUGCUGAGGCCAUGGAUGGGUGGACUGGAAGUUAUUCGGGGAAAUAAAUGA